AGAAAAAGGCAAAAUAGGCAGAGUGGUUGCCCAAAAGCCCCAAUGGCGAGCAAUGCAGUUGUUAAAUCAUCCUGAAAGUUAGAAACCCUUGGCCUUUGCUUAUGGCUACCCUCUCUCACGCCCUCCUCACCAUUCCACCCUCUUCUUGUUUCUGUCGAUUUGGUAGAGAUCACAGUAAUGCCGUCUUCUGCGCUCUCGGAUUCUCCAGAGUUGGCCUUUCUAGGGUUUCCAGGAUGACGGACAAGGAUGAGAAUCUCACCGCUCUCUCGACUCUGAACGCCGUCGACACCCGCCGACACCAAAACCACAUUGUGGAGACUCCUGCAGCUCGCACCACCGUUGAAAUCCCCGUCACUUGCUACCGGCUGAUUGGUGUUGCUGAUCAAGCGGAGAAAGACGAGGUCGUUAAAUCAGUUAUGGAUUUGAAGAGUGCUGAAAUUGAAGAAGGUUACACCGUGGACGCUGUUGGAUAUCGCCAGGUUCUGUUGAUGGACGUGAGAGAUAAGCUUCUUUUCGAACCAGAAUAUGCCGGUAAUUUCAAGGAAAAGAUGCCCCCUAAGUCAUCCUUACGAAUCCCUUGGCCGUGGCUGCCAGGUGCUCUCUGCCUCCUUCAAGAGGUUGGGGAAGUUAAGCUUGUGCAAGAUAUUGGCCGCGUAGCUGUUCAGCAUCCAGAUGCUAAACCCUAUAUUCAUGAUCUACUUCUUUCUAUGGCAUUAGCUGAGUGUGCUACUGCAAAAAUGGGUUUUGAAAAGAACAAGGUGUCCCAAGGAUUCGAAGCUCUUGCUCGUGCUCAGUGCCUUCUUAGGAGCAAAAAGUCUCUUGGUAAACUCUCGCUGUUGUCUCUGAUAGAAGAGUCAUUGGAGGAGCUUGCACCAGCCUGCACACUGGAACUGCUAGGAAUGCCUCAGUCACCAGAGAAUGCUGAAAGAAGGCGAGGAGCAAUUGCAGCCUUGCGUGAACUGGUUAGACAAGGGCUUGGUGUGGAGACAGCAUGCCGAGUCCACGAUUGGCCAUGCUUCCUGAGCCAAGCACUUAAUAGACUAAUGGCUGCGGAGAUAGUUGAUCUUCUUCCAUGGGAUGAUUUAGCUAUUACAAGGAAGAAUAAAAAAUCACUUGAGUCACAGAAUCAGAGGGUAAUAAUUGAUUUUAAUUGCUUCUACAUGGUGUUAAUAGCUCACCUUGCCCUGGGGUUUUCAAGCAAGCAACAAGAAUUGAUUGAAAAAGCAAAAAGUAUAUGUGAGUGUCUGAUUGCGUCGGAGGGUUGCGAUCUAAAACUUGAGGAAGCUUUUUGCCUGUUUCUUCUUGGUCAGGGUAAUGAGGCUGCAGUUAUUGAGAAGCUGGAGUUGAAUUCAAGUUCUUUUCCGGGGAUGUCAAUCACAGGAAAGGAAGUUAAGAAUGGUGAUGGUGCAAAGCAAUCAUUGGAAAUGUGGCUGAAGGAUGCUGUCCUUGCUGUCUUUCCGGAUUCACGCAAUUGCACUCCUUCAUUGGCUAACUAUUUUGGUGGCGAAAAGAGGACUCCUGUUAGCAAGAAAAGUAAAUUAGCUCAACUGCCUCCACAGAGUUCACCUAUUUUAAGUCAUAGACCAAUGUCGACUACUCUUGUGUCAGAGCGGAGAGACUUCGACGACUCUCUUUCCCACAUGAACUCUUCUCAACAUCUCGGAACAGCUGUUAAACAGUUGGCUCCAACUGAUUUACAGAGCCCCUUGAUAUUGGGCAAGACUGGUGGUGGGAGCAGUAGUUUUGCUGGAUCUGUUCAAAUGAAAAGGAAUCUUGGCAUGCGUCAUGGUAAUGUUUGGGUAAACUGGAUCACAAGAGGAUUUCUGGUGGGAAGGAUCACUUUUGUCGCUGUAGUUGGGUGCAUUGUUUUCGCUACCUUGAAAUUAACAAGAAUGAAAGGAGAUGACAUCAGAAGUGCUUCUAAACGAGCCCACAGUAAACAAAAUUUGCACACAACCUCCGUUUCUUGGACAACAGAUUCAUCUGUAGACUUCCGUCUAGGCCCUGCUUAUAUCAAGGGAAAUGGACUUGCUGGUGGACUUCAGAAGUUUUGGAUGACUAUUAUGAAUCAGGUAAGGAACUGUUCAGAUACUGGAAAUCAACUUGUUUCGCAUUUGCCUUCUUCAACUUCUUUGUGCCGGAGGCCAAUGUCUGUUGACGAAGCGGAAGGUCUUGUCAAGCAAUGGCAAGGAAUUAAAGCAGAAGCUCUGGGGCCCAGGCAUGAAACUCAGAACCUCUCUGAGGUCCUUGAUGAGUCAAUGCUUCUUCAGUGGCAAGCUUUGGCUGAUGCUGCAAAAGCAAGGUCUUGUUAUUGGAAAUUUGUUUUGCUACAAUUAUCCGUCCUGCGAGCUGAGAUCUUAUCAGAUGAGAUUGGAGAGACAGCAGAAAUUGAGGCUCUGCUGGAGGAAGCAGCCGAACUUGUCAACGAAUCUGAACAAAAGAACCCAAGUUAUUACAGCACCUAUAGAAUUUGGUAUGUUCUAAGAAGGCAAGAAGAUGGUUCCUGGAGGUUCUGUGAAGGGGAGGUUCAAACACCAUCGUGACGGUGGCCUCCUGGUCCUUGUUACUAGUAAACGUGACGAGCCAUGCUGAAUAGUGCUGUGCUAACUCUAGUUCCUCGCAUCUGUAGUUUGUGGUGCGGAGGGACAAGGAAUUAGGAGUGUGGAUUUCAAUUUAGGGAGGUUUUUAGCAGAAUGACAAAGGGUAGAUAAUACUUUACAUUACAAUGAUGUUGAUAAUUUUCACUUGUAAUGAGCGUUGACAGAACAGGCAAGAAAUUCCACACCGGUUCCCCACUUGGUGUGAAUUCAAAGAAUUUGUAGUUAGCAACAGCCAACAGGGCUACCAGUUGUGAAAAGAGAUUAAGCAUCUGAUUUGAGAUGUAAGUUAGUUGUUCUGAUUUGGAUCUUGAAGCAUGAAAUGUAAAAAGUUGAAGGUCUUUAUACAAGAAAAUAUCUAAUGA